AUGGAUUUUCCUCCUCAGACAUCUCCGGACCCCAUUCCACAGCAACUUCACAACUUCAUCUUCCGCCUUCACAGACGCCCAAUUGUAACCACUGCACAAAACGUCAUGGCCAUCAUUGCCACCCGUAAUUAAACGCCCGAUUCCACGACGCCUUACCCGGCGUCUUCGACUCCCACCGCCUCUACCAUUUCUCCCACAAAUUUUGCAACAAUGACUACCGCCUCCUCAACUCUUCCCCCUACCAGUGGGAGCACUCCUGACAUCAGGUUAACCACUAUAAACGUCACCAACAGCAAUGUGGACUAGAUCCAAACCCUUCCCCAUUGCGUUCGCGUGGUCACGUUACGCAUCCGCCUGGUCGACCACCUGCGAGCCUGUCGCACAGAGGCCGGUGAACCUAUGCCUGGAGCACUGACUUUUACCUUCUGCACUCUCCCCGCAUAACCACAUAAAUUCAGUCAUCGCAGCGGUCGUAAUGGACAACUUACGCCUCCAUGGCGACCUAGCGUAAAACACCAAUGGUCGAGUUUCAUCAUCAUGCAUCUCCUCACCAGCGCAUGCGCCGCAAAUAGGCCCGUCUCUCAAAUAAAUGGGAAUCGUGCUCUUCGGCUCCUCCACGUAGUCCUCUCCUACUCUAGCAGUUGUGAGAUCCAUACAGCCCGUCCAAAUUGCGUAAAAACCUGUGUGGGAGCAGGUCGUGUAUGGCACGCGUAAGAAGAUUGUUUUUACCUUUGAUAGCAUUCACAACAUCCGUCCAACUGACUAGUGCACGGGAGAGAGAAGAGAGUGAGUCCGACUCUCUGCCUGACCCUCUGACUCUCUCUCUCCUCCCACUAUAAACAGUCCGGCGCGCCUGACUUCAGGUGGCAUGCUAAACCUCCGGGUCUGGAGGGCCACCAACUGGCAGAACUGGCGGAUUGGAAAGUCAGGUUGCAAUUGUUCCCUAAUGAUGUGGUCUUUCUAGCGCUCUCACUCAACUGGUAUUCAAACCAACCCCCCUUCCGCUAUCUAGUUGUGUGAAAUCCGCGAUCCUUUGUGCGGCCACCAGGAAUGUGUCGCACGCGUGGGCGGGCUGCUCACGUUUGUCAGCCAAUGAACUCUAUCUUCAGGUCUACUUGACUAUAUCCGGACACUGGACCGCGGAAAGUGAUGAGACUCUGCGCAAGCCCACAAUCACUAUAAACUUGUUCACGUUCAAUUCCUCGUCCUUGCGCCCGGCCAUGCUAUUACAAGAGCACGGUAGACAUCGCCGCAACGACGGUCGAACUAUCAUAGAUAUCGCUUGUUUUUGCAUUCAUUCGUACUGUUUUGCAUACUUUGCGAAUAAUUUUCCGAAAUAAUACUAUAUUACUAAUCUGUGUCUUUCUUUUAGUCGGAUCAAACACUACCAUAUUGCUCAGUCAUUUAUUCUCGGUUUAUAUUUCAAAAGGAUUCUUUCCUGAAACAUGGAAAACGUCAAUUAUCAUUCCCGUUUUCAAGUCAGGAUCUCGGUCCGAUGUUAAUAACUAUCGGGGUGUGCACAAAACGCCGUCUCUAGCAAAACUUCUUGAAAGGAUUAUUUUCAAUGAAAUUCUUGACUUCUAUCUAGCUAAUCGGCUUCUGAGCUCUAGUCAGCAUGGAUUUUUUCCUGAACGAUCCUGCGAAACAUGCCACUUGGCUUUUCUUAAUCUAAUCACUUCUCUUCGUAAUGAGCGGCAGUCAGUGGUAGUUAUUUAUUUUGAUCAUAGCAAAGCCUUUGACAAGGUGCCCCAUAGACGUCUUUUAGUAAAAUUGGAAGCUCUCGGCAUCCGGCCGCCUCUACUCGACUUCAUCAGGUCAUAUCUGUCCAACCGAUAUCAGAAAGUCAUGGUCGGUAAUAGCUACUCGACACCCCACUCGAUCACGAGUGACGUACUUCAAGGCACGGUCCUGGGUCUGCUACUCUUCCUUCUGUACAUCAAUGAUAUUUCGACUGAACUCGGAAAUUCGCAAACUUUUACUUAUGCCGAUGACCUCAAGCGUGUUUACUCAUACUCUAAGGACUCCGCAAAUGUUUGUGUUGAAAAAAUUAAUACCGAUUUACUACGCUUAAGCAGAUGGGGUUCGACAUGGCAGAUGGAGUUUUCAUCAUCCAAGUGUAGUUUCAUGUCUUUUGGUCCUGCUGAACUUCCUCGUCCCAUAAUUUUUCUGAAUAACCCACUCUCAGAAUGCCUCACCAUAAAGGGCCUAGGUCUAAGUUAAACAAAUAAGCUUGCUUUAUCACCUCAUGCAGAUAGAAUCUCUGCCAAAGCCGCGCAUAUAUGUGGAUUCAUAUCGCAUAAUUUUUUCCUUCCGGAAAUGAAGCUAAGACUUGAUCAAAUGUUUCUUCUUCCAGUCCUCGAAUAUUGCUGUCCUUUCUUCGGUUUAAUGAGUGCCUGCGACCGUAAUAAAAUCGAAAAUGUUCAGAGGGUUUUCACCCGGAAUCUGUUCUCUCAAGCUUAUUCCAGUAUUUCUUAGACUCAGAGAUGUCAGCUGGCGAACAUUAAGUUUUUGUGGGUUAGAAGACUCGAAGCUGGCCUUUGCUUCCUUGUUCGCAUCAACUCUAGCUCCACUCUUCCGCACAUUGACACUCUCACUGCGAGAGAUCGGUCUUAUGCCGCGCGCAACUCCUGCAUGGUGAUUCCGCCGCCUCUUUGUACUACCUCUAAGCGCCCCCUCUUCUUUGCUUCCAAAUAUGCCUUCCUUUGGAAUAAUCUUCCGCCUGAAAUUAGAUUAUCGCCUAAGUUACUGGUAUUCAAGUUGAAAUUACGCAACCAUCUUACACCGGAAAGCAUAAAGGCACUGGUAACGGUCUCAUUCUCGAACACUCAGAUUCUUGACUUCAAGAAGGGUCCUCCUGGGAUUUAGUGGUAGAUUAAGUGGUAACUCUUAAUUAUAUCAUUAGAAACCCCUGUUUUGAAUUGGUUUCUAAAUCCACUGCUAUCACUCCCCCCCCCCCCAAUUUUCGCGGUUUUCGAGGUCAUCUCCCGCAUUCCGUCCUCAUGCGGUCUGUCGACGCUCACGGCGGAACCCUCAGUAUUCACUGUCUACUAGUAGUUCGGUCGUACCUCCCUUCCUCACUGCUCGGCUGAGCUCGAAGCGUGCUGUGGCCGAUCGCAUCUCGGUUCCUCUCGUCUGGCCUCUUUGACGCGGCGUACCAAUUAGGCCCAGACUAUCUCAAUUGUGAAUCCCGUAUACAAUGCCAUUUGCAAGCCAGUCCUGUCUGACCCACAUUCGUACCCAUCAAGGCUGACAUUUAUUGAUACCCUGACGAUGACCGACAACAUUCCGUUAUAUACCGUCACCUACAGGCCAGUCCUGCUCGCUUUUUUCUGUUAUUAUUUUUAACUUUUUGUAAGGAGUUUUUUUUCAUCCCUCAAUCAUCAUGUUUCUCAAUGGACUUCUAAUUAAGAAACUAUGAAUUGCAUUUCGUAAAGAUUCGGCCUACCUCGUCUAAAACUCGCAUGCAAAUUUAUUUUAACUUGCUUUGAUGGGACCCCGACGGGUCUUUAAUAAAAAUUAUCUAUCUAUCUAACUACCUUUAUGGGAGGGAGCUAGAAAGUGCGCAGGAUGCAUGGGGCCGAAUUCGAAUCAGCUGUCUUUCGGAUGGAAAAAUAAACUUUGAGUUUUCGGAUUCUACACGAUUCCGAAAACUGCGACGAAGUCGCGAUCUGUUCGUGCUCGAAGUGCUAUGCGGGAAGAAAAUCAAGAAUUUAGCUGUCCGUUUUUGUAUACUAAUUAAAGCGCAUUUGCUUUGGUUUACACAAGUGCGUGUAUUCGUGCGUCGCACAGUUACAUAUUCCACGCCAUAUUUAACUAUCGUUCGCAAACUUUUGAGCUAGAUUCGAUCAUAUAAAAGGUAGUAAAAGUUGCUUGAUACAUAUCUCUACCAAAAACCCUCUUAACUACUUCAUAGGCCUAGAAGAGUGACCAGCACAUCGGUGGCCGCCUUUUUACGAGCAACAAUGAGGUUGCCGCUCCCUCACGCACUGCAUAUUUCUUCAGCCUUGUACUGUGGAGGGAAUUCCCUAGAAACAUCCCGCCUGGCGCUAAUUAUUCUUCCAUGGGACGUAUUCAACACUAUGCUUACUACGGUCAUUGUUCAUAACGACCGGAGUAAGGCUGAUAAUGCACACCCCAUCUUUUUAAGGAUCUCGGUGGUUGCUGCCAACGGCAGUACAAUCAGUCUCACAAAAGUAUUGUGCGAAGUUAAGUGAAUGUCCAUCGAGACCGUCUCCACUAAGAUUUGGAUGUGCACAGGAAAACUGGCCUCGGGUGGGUUAUAGUACUUCGUAAAGCACCUCACUGCGGUAGAACAUUCAUUAAGUCAAACAGUGAUGAACUUAUGCAGGCCAGAUUUAUAGACUUCAUCAAGGACUUCGACACAGAUGACUGCCGAAAACGUACUAAGAAGCCCUGCGGAUAUAGCCCAAAUGAAAACCUAGACAACUGUACCAGACUGUUUUACGGCAAAACCUCCCUCGUUUGCGUUCGGCAGACUGCGUCACCCUCGAUAUGACUGCUACCCGUUGGUUCCCGUACUGAUGACUUGUGUGAGGUAGUUUUCAACGCCUGCCUAACACUUGCGGGUUAGGACGGCCCAGAUCAUGACGCCCCGUACCAGUUGUCCGGAGGCCACGCCGGACAAAGAACCGCAAACCGUCAGGACAGUCACACCUAGGAAGCCGGCAUGCGAGCCAGACAGUAGCACGCUGCUGAGUCACGCGAGACCUCCAGGGCCUGCCUAUGUGGGUGCUCAGGACUGGACCACUAGGAACACUCAAACUAGACAAAGUCUGAACCCUAAAAUAUGAAGUUACGGACGGAAGUAUUAAGAGUUGGCGUUCACAUGGUGACUGGCACAGUAAAGCUGCUCUCUGGUCUCCUGGAUGUUUUUUAUUCCGCACAGAAUUGGCGUCAUACUAUUGGGGGAUAUAAUAUAGACAGAGUUUAAAAGAUCGCUAGACACGAGAUUAUAUUUCUGCUCAUGUCUGUCUUCCUCUACUUUCCGAAUAGAUUCAAAACUGGGAUUUCGCUUGGAAUGCGCACAGGAAAAAUUUUAAUUGGUCCCUGUUCUGGUUUUUGAGGGCAAUGUAGGUGUUUCCAUUCAUGUACCCUAUUUACAAUGCAAAAUUUUAUGCAGUCUACAGAGUAAUCGUGGGGGUUAGAGUAAUAAAGGAGAACCGCAGAUUGUAGACAUUUGAACAUGAGUGUCAAAAGAUGAAUUCAGUCUUUCACGCGUAUAUCUGAGAAUUGCGGUCAAAGUCCUUGGUGGCCCUAUUAAUUACAGUAGCAGUAAUAAAUACAGUUAAAUCGAGUCAGCAUAAAAUAUAGUCGUUUGCCAGGUUUACAGAGAUAUUUGUUUAACCAAACUGCAGUGAUUUAUCGCAUGGUUCCGGUCUAUCUUGGGACAAAGACAUGUCAAUGUUUCCUCUGAACUGUUUCACCGACGAUGACAGCACAACCAUCGCAGGGAGGGCACUCUGUAGCUUGACUACCCUCACAGGAGGGGAAGCUGCCCGCACACGUGAUUGCCGAAGUCCAACAGCGGCAGCAGCCGGAAGUACGGCGUACCUCCUGCUCGAUGCAGAGGUAUUCUAGUAGGUAUAUGCAAGAGAACCCCAGCUUCUUCGGCUUAUAUGGCUUGGGAAAAGGCUAAAUAGGCCUGGACUGCCGACACAGAGACCCUAUUGGAACACCCAAAAUAGUUAACGGCAGGGAUGGUGUAAAGUUUGGUUGCAUUUUCCACUGGGUCCGUAUGUUCAAUCGUUGAAGUCCUCUAUAAACCUUAGGUAAGAGGGCUUUUUCUGCAGAAAGUUUCUUCUUAGUGAGUUGGCAGUCGUUGGGAAAGACUUACCCGAGAAAGUCCUGCUACCUCUCUCAUACAAGUUUCGGCAAAUUCAUGAUCCCUUAUAUGAGUGAAGACUGCUCAGAGCUAUACGGAUAGACUUGGAGUCUGAAAAAUCUACUGCUUAAUUCUGCAGUCCAGGUUGCCGGCUAUCAUCUCAGUAAUAUUAACUAGCUUGCUGUUUUCUUACAUGUCGAUAUUUCUGAGGUGCAGGGGCAUUCUCACAUAUCUAGGCCAUUUUGUCGAGAGAGUGUAGGUAGAUGCUACGCAAGUCUACUGGCACUAUAAACCCCUGCGUAAGUCACCGUCCCUGCUCCCACAAUGCAGUCUGUGGGGCACACGGUGGACAUCAUCGAAAUCGAUGGUCGAACUGUCAGGCCAUUUUGUACAGUCUGCAGAAUAUUGUUUUCGACACGUAUUUAUACUGAAGAACCACUCGAAGGAAAUUGCAUUGACUUCCAACAAGUGCGAAUCGGACUUUUUGCGGGGACGCUAAAUGUAUUUAUUUUGCAGAAUUAUGAUAAAUGCCCCCAAAUCCGGGCACAAGUCGGUUGUUUGAGCUGGCAGCUCCAGAGCAGGAAAACGUCUGAACACUGUUAUUUGUAUGUUACCUCUUGUGGGAUCGAUUCAAAAAAGGUGACCUAAGCAAACAGCCUAUCCACACAGGUGUCUUUUGGUUUAAUAAAGCUUUUUAAUUCCCCAAUAACUUUGAGCAAGAGCUGGUGUUACACAAUCACCCCCGGGUUUCUGAACCACAUGCUGCAUGUGAAUCGUCUAUUUCUCUAUGCUAUUAAACAGAUGUCGUAUGAGGUUCAUAAAAGCAUGUUAUUCAAUUUAUAGGCAGCAUUAAUAAUUGAACACAUACGAUGCUUUAUGAAAGCUUAUGAUUAGGAACGCUUUCGAAACAAAAAAUACUAUUUCAACAGGCAUGGAAUUCAAAGAAUACAUAAUGUGCGGACAAAUGAGUAAAAUAUGAGUCGAAAUUGUCCCAGUUUGAGCGCAGAAUAAUUCCGUCGUGCUCAGUUGGGCUGCAGUGCAUCAGCUUGACAACCCUACCCGUUGCCUUUCCUACUGUACCUGCCUCAAGCCCUUUAGCGUCCACUGCGACGACCGCCCUAUCCAGCGAGGUUCAGCCUCCCAGUGCUCCGCCGCCGUCGGUCAUCCCCACCUUCACCAUCUUUGGCAUUAUUCCCGUGGCGUCGACGGUGACGACGCACCUGCACCUGCCACUGAACAAAACGCUCCUGGCGGCUAGUCAAUCACCACCCUCAUCUCUAGCGGUGAACAUUCGGUUCCAACCGGUACCCAUUGACACUGCACAUUCACCUCGUGCAUCGGCAUGGGUGGCCAGUUGUGAAUUCAUCUUACAGGAAGUGGCGAGCCAAGCCCUGGAUCACAUACAUACGGCAGUUGCCAUCAUCUCAAUUUUCCGCAUUGCUCUCGCAUAUCCAGCCAUCGCAUGGACCUAUUCGGUUACAUGUGCAUUCCUGAAAACCUUUGGUAAAUCGCCGCGGAUAUGGCCAUAUUGCCACUCAUUUUCCCACCAAUACAUGCACCACACAUGAACACCCCUAACACCCCACGUCACCAGCACUUCGAACAUAAGUUGGAAGUGUCUUUUUCCGUUUUUUUCUCCAUGCGACUCUUCCUCUUCGCGAAAGAUCCGAACAUUCUACGCGUGCGUACGGGGCCACAGGCCGAGUCUGUGGCAUGCGCAAAGGAGUUCUCUAGCUCCGUCAGCCAUUGCGUCCACAGCCUGUUCUAGACAUUUCGCCGGUUCGGGUAUUGGUCUGGCUGCUGGGCGUGGGAAGAGAUACUGAGGCGUAUUUCCCACUAUAAACAAUCUGACGAGCUUGAAUAUGAAUGAACGUGAAAUUUUGAGUUCCAGGUGUAGGCAUAUUUGAAGAAGAAGAAGAAGAGUCGAGAACCGGAACAUUUCGUUUAUUAUCCUGAGCUUUCAGACUCGUACAGGAGUUCAUCGUCAGAGGUAGUGGCAGAAAGAGGACAAGCGGCAGUUAUAAGGCACGUAGGCCCAAUCAUCGACCGACGUCGCACGACUGGAGGUGACUACGAAGGGCUCUGUACGCCGGCGCCAGAUCGAUAAAUCGAUUGACCGAGUUCUCAUCCGAGGCCCAGGCUUCAAUCAAUUCUCGGCCUGUUUUGUUUCCGGUGUGGGUGACUAUUUUGGUGGCUGCGAAGUCAAACUCGUGACCCAUUUCGUAGGUGUGGGCGGCCACUUGUGAUAAUGCGUCGCCUCGCCGCACAGCCAGCUUAUGUUCAUGUAUGCGCGAUCCGAGCAUGCGUCCAGUCUGUCCUGUGCAUUUACAAAGACAAUUUUGACACGAGAUGCGAUGCACUACUCCAGAUUGCUCUUCAGGUUUUAACCGGUCUUUGAUUUUCAUGACCCUGUUGCGGUUGGUGGCUUUUGGGCGGUGUGCAAUUCCAGCACCUGGACUCCUGUACGAGUAUGAAAGCUCAGGAUAAUAAACGAAGUGUUCUGGUGCUCGACUCUUAUUCUUCAAAUGAGCUUGAAUAUGUCAUGGUACCUUCAAAGAUUUGAUCAAGGAGGAUGCCAGUUAACGUGAUGACUCUGACCUUGCUGUCAGUCCAGUGUGUGUUUGUGCGGAGUAGCGGGCUAUCGGACUGAAGACUCCCUCUUAAUUUGGCCUCUGUGACGCUCCCAUUUUGUGAAUCUGAGCUGUCCCAAACCCCAUUCCUGUCGUUUUGCAAAAUCCUGGUCAGUGUACGUUGUGAACCAGGGGAUGUGGUGGUACGCCUGGGUGGGGAUCCAGCCGUGCGAGAGACCUGUGCCCUCUUCCGCCGCCCGUCUCAUUGGCACUGCCUUGACACCGGGUUCAGGUUGGGGGGGGGGGGUGGAAGGACGGUAGAUGCUACGCAAAUAUAUUAAUACCUGAAACUAACCCAUGCACUAUUCACCGUUCCUGCUCCUACACACGGUGCACGUCGUCGGAAACGACGGUUAGAUUGCCUUCAAGGGCCUAGGUUGAAAUGACAAUCAUUGUCUUGUUCUCUCUAUUCACGUUAACAGGAUUGCGACCCAAGUUUUAUAACUUUGCAAAUUUAUUAAGAGGUGCCACCUUCACCUCUAUCUGCGAAUGUCUCUGAUGAUGGAUUCGAGUGAGAAUCCGAAACGUCAGGCAAAUAAACUUCUUGUUCCAGUGAUCGCAUCUUCAUCUUCUAAGUGUCACUUGUAUCUAAAUUUAGAUCAUGAGAGUAACUCCGUAUGCGUUCAUUUAUGCAAUAAUUUAAUUAAUUAAGCCAUUUUAAGGUUGAAAAUGCUCUAAACGACUAUCAUUGCCAGCAUAUUUCCUCCUCUAUAUGAGGAUUUGCCGUUGAUGUUUAGCAUAACAGAUUAAAUCUGCUGCAAGAUUUUUUGUGCAGGUAGCGUGGGCACGUCGCUUCUGUAGGUUACCUUUUUGGUUUUGAGACGGCGAGGAGGAUUACACUAACUGCUGAAUUCCCAGUCUUUGACCGCAUUGUUUGACGGGGUGAGUUUUCACUUUAGAUCAUUUCAUUCCAGAAGUCAUCGGUACACCCGCCUCCUGAAAUUUGAACAGGCAUAUCAGCAAUCCCCCCCUCCCCUCCAAAAACGAACAGUUUAAAGUUAUUCGUUUGUGUACUUGGAUCUACGACGAAGUCGCCGCAAAAAAUGUGCCCUUGCCAUCUGUUUCGUUAAAGCUUACAGUCCAAAAAAUACAAGAGAUUAAGUUGAAAAUAAAAUAGAAUUAAAAUAUGAACGGACCUUCGGGAUGGAUCAUGGUACGAUCCAUCUUUCUCUUUCCCCACGAGUUGGACGGGAAUGUUUUAUAACAGGAAAUCUACGAUCCUGGUUCAUCGAACGUAUACACAUAAUCCUUUCCCAAAUGAAUAUCAAAUAAUUAACCUCAAAUUCUUGCGAGCUGUAAGACUUAAAUAUGUAUUCUGUAUCAUUAACGGCAGCAAUCAUAAUUAAAAUAUUCUGUGAAUAUUAGCCCAAACCUCGGCUACUUAUCCUUACAGCCGUCCUGAUUCUUACAUAGUGGAUUUCCAGUGACCGUCCUCAUGCCUCGUCUUACGCAGCCUGCCUGCCAUACGACGGCGCAUUAUCCGGCAUAGUUUGUUGCCUAUGAACCUGACCCUGAUCAUUCACGCUUUUUGAACAUGUGUAGCGACACAGCUGUGAGAAUGUGUGUAGUCUAUGUGCUACUAAUAUUAAGUGAAGUCCCCGAUUGGAAGGAGAAGACGCAAGGCACUAAAAUGAGGGGUUUAUAGUGCACAGAACUCGGAGUUAUCCUCUCAGGCGAAAGUGACCACCUGAGAAGCCAGGGCUGGUGUUGACUGCGUCCAGUCAUGCCUGAGAGUCUUUGGGACAGUGGUGGCAGACGCUGUUGUAGGUUCGUGGGCCAAGCUCAAGUGGUCUCCAAUCGGUGUGUGUUACUAUUGCCGAGGGAUGGUGUUCAAGUGACCUGCUUUGCUGGUUCCAGGGGUGACGCGUUCAAGUGGCGCAUGGGUAGCCGAGACGCUAUGUGGACGCAAUUGUGUUAUAGCUGAAGUCGGUCGAGUGGCUUCAUGUCAGCGCGUCUGGAACGGCUCGCUGCAAGGGGUGAAUGACCUUGAGGCAGCAAGAUCUUGAACAAUGAUGUCAGACCGGUCAUCAUGGGUGCCCACUACAAAUGCAACCUCCGACUCAGCCUAUCGACCAACGAACCGCAUAUGAUAGGACCCCCAAUCGUCUUGAACAAAACAAUUCAUUUAUUUACAUCCAACACCCAUCCGCUCACUUCCCACUAUUGCUGUGGAAAUUUCAGAUCAUCAAAAAACCUACCAAUACUUAGUCAUACCCGAACGAUCUCCUUUUUCUUGCUCACAAACAAAAUGCCAACUUAAUUUAUUUUGCUCUGUGGGCAGAAUAAACCGGCCUUCACUGCUCUCUGGCUUGUGUUAUCAAACGGUACGAACUUCUUGUGUACGGUUGGAGUUUAUCUGAUAUCCCUGACCGCCAUAGCCCGUUAGUCUCUUUCAUCUUCGUGCACUUUCUCUUAUUCGCCUCCAGACUAAUUCUUCACUAGAAUAUCCCGCAUGGCCGAUAUAAGCUCAUUGCAUUCUUUCUCAGUAUAUAAGCGAAACUGUUCCUUCGUCAAGCCGCCGCCCUAAUUAACAAUCUAUUUUCCACCUUUGAUGCAGCUUCCUCUAGUACGUUUGUAAACAGUAACAUGGAUUUAAAAUAUUCGGGGCCUAUCUUUAUUAAUACUAAAAACUUUGGGUUGCAAAACCGUGUCCCUGAGUCCAAAAUUCACUUUGUAAACUAAGUUGUUGUGCGAGUAGCUAAAAAGUUUCUGGUUUUGCUUGCAAUUAAGCCGCAUCUAAAAUACGUUUCUUGUCUGCACACUUCGGCCCAUUUGAGAUGACAGAUGCCGUAAUCAAUCCGCUUGUAUUCCGGGCUUCGUGGUAUACCUCGGGAUCAGUAACACUAUAACUUCCGUUCUUCAAUCUAACUGCGCAUCCCGUGUAAGACAGUCGGACCAUAGCUUCAAAACCAUCAUGAAUCAUAUCUGUUAAGUGUUCUGUGUUUCCGCCUGUCUGUGUGUCUGAGUGAUACCUAUCACCUGUAUUAUGCAUUUAGCGCAAAUUGUUUACAGCCAGACGAAUGUGCCAAGGCUGAUUUGCAUAUAUUCUUCACUUGUCAUGUUAAGCGUACAGUCGUAUAUCUCGAUAUUUGGGAUUUCCUUAACGGCCUACAUAUAAAGGAUGUUAAACCCAUUUUCCACGGCUUCUUGGCUAAAUUGAUAUUUGGUUCGUUCUCUCGAUGAAAUGACAGAGAAGAUGAGGCUUAUAGAGGCAUAUGCCGAGGACAGACUCUGCAUCAGACACAUCCUCAUUACUAAUAAUCCCGAAUAUGAUCUAUUUUAUGCCACCUUAACCGUUACAAAAAUACCUGACCACCAUCGUAUGCUAAUUCCGCGCGGCCUUUCUGAUCUUCUGACAUCUAAAGCCUGAGAAUCAGAUAUCAGUGACAUAACUCAUUAGAAUUCCCCUAAAUGAAAAGAGAGUACGGAUAGUCAAGCGUGUACACUAACCGUGACAUGGUUGAAAAUUUUUGUUUGAAGCCGCCACGGCCUCUUGAUCAGUAGCUUGACCUUAAACUUAGCCUAUUACCAUAGCCUCGCCGCUCAAUUAAAAACCCAAGGUCUGCCGCAAGAUGUCAAAAUCAGCAGGGACGUUAAUAACUACAAAUGAGGCGACUUAUCUGGAUCCACGUUUGAUGCCGGGGUAACAAAAAGAGCAAUCUUAUCACGGGUUUAGCUAUGCCGGAUUUUGUCCAGAAAUAAAUUUCGGCUACGGCCAGACAUACGGUGCAGCAACAGCACAGCAUUUCCAGGACACUCGUAAUCAAGCACUUCGGAACAGCCGGGCGCCGCUAGCAACUGGUGGGUGCUACCCAUCGUUUUACUCGCACAACCCCGAGGUCUUCCUGAGCAAUUUGAAUCGAGGAAGAGACAGAUACUUGGAUAGAGUUCAUAUUGAGUUACUAAACACCGAUUUCGAGAGGAUGGAACAACUUCGUCGAUUCGACCAGGUAGGUCUUGUUCAUACUUAAAAGAAACUAAAUCCCUUAUUUUGGCCAUUAUUCAGCAUUGCUGAUUUUGAAUGAUUGUGGAAUAGUUGCAUGAGCUGCAAGUCCGUUUUCGACGCGUUACGCUCGUGUCCCCAUCACAACCAGUGGAUUUACGAAUUUUAUUUGUCUAAAAUCCCCUAUCUGAAAGUAAAAAACCAUACACUGCCCGCACUGGCGAAGUCUUGAUCAUAGACCCAUUCCUUAAUGCUUGGUACUAUAUACUUCCGCACUAGCCUGUAUUCAGGGUACAUCACUAGCUACUUAUUCCAUUCCAUUUUAAGAGGCAAAAGCAAACGCUCUUUGAUAUCAUAAACACCAGUGCGUCACUACUUGCAUAGAGGAGCAACAUAAACGAAUAAUGCCCAAUUGGUCGUAAGGCCAUCAUAGAUCCCACAUUUGUGUAUGACGCUCGGAGGUCGAAAUCCACGUAGCCUUCAUUUGGAACGCUGCAGACACGAUGUCAUGAAUAGUUAGGUACUAAGGAUGAGCCCUUGGCAACAUUCCAGGCAUAAAUGAGAAAGCUGAACCCCACUAUCUCUGACAAGGCCACCAGUCAAAUCCCCGGUAUCGUCCAACCGCUGCGCUGCCUGGCAAUUAUCUUUGUCUUAGUUACUUAGUAAACUCUAAAACGUCCAUAGAGGUUACUGGCAUCUGGCCUGAGCAACGUGAUGACAGCGCAGCAAAACCUUUUACUCGAAACAAUUUUUAAAAUUAAACUGUUGGCGGUUAUUACCUCUUUACACGAAAGACCACUUUCCGGACGUAACACGUAGUGUGUAAAUUUUUCUUUCUUCCUUAUUAUACAACAUUUAGUUGGCCCAACGUCACCGGCUCUACUACAGAGAUCGUACCGACACUGUACAUCCAGUGCCAACGUUCCAAAUACCAGAGUCUUCCGCAAGACGCAUCCAGGCAAAGUACGGAUUCUAA